AUGGCCCAUUGCGAGCGGGUGUCGAAGCCCUUGCUUCAAUGCCUGCGGAGUACCCCUACGAGGGGUCUUCCUGGCUUGCAGUCGGCACGAGCCUUCCACUCCACCUCGGUGGCCCGCGAAGAUGCUCAGGUCGAGACCAAGAGUCAACCAUUCCAUAAAUCGCCUGACCCGGAAUUGGUGUCGAGUCCUCGAUUGGAGCGACGGCUUAUGAGACAGGGCCUUGCUCCCGUGGGUUCUCGUCGACGUCGAGCGGCAUUGCAGAACUCCCCCAACGUCCCGUUUGAGCAGCUGCCCUAUCAAUGUUUCCAGGAGGCACGGAAUAUCUUGCAGGCGGAUCGGAUAGAGAAAUUGAAGGACAUUGAGCGGAUCAGGGAAAGAAUUGCUAGAUAUGAGACUCUCAGUCCUGAGCAAGCCGGUGGGAAGCAGGUGCAGAACUCCAAGCUGGGGGCCUGGAAGGAGCAUCUGGAGAAGCUGAAAAUUCAGGCGGACAUUAAUGACCCAAUUGUCAAGAAGAAAUUCGAGGAUGGCCAAGGUGACAUGUCGAAGCCCAUCUACCGUUUUCUGGCCGAUCGGAAAUGGAGAGAGUAUCGACGUAAGAUUCUCGUCCAACGAAUCACUCAGAUGAAGGUGAUUCCCGAUGUGCUCCCUCACUGUGACCCGGUGGUGGACGCCAAGCUAUACUUUGGCCGCGGUCUGAUCCAGCCGGGAGACUUUGUCGACUCCAAGGCCAGCACAACCCCACCGAAGCUUGAUGUGCAGAUGUUUGAGGGCGGCAACAAAUUGGUGACCAUUGUGGUGGUCGACCCCGAUGUACCCAAUAUGGAGAAGGAUGGCUUUGACUACAGAACGCACUACCUCGCCGUCAACGUGCCCUUGUCAGCCACUUCGACCAAGGUCGAUCUCUCCAAAUUGUCAACUGAAUCCCAGGUUGUCCUGCCUUGGGAACCACCGGUUGCACAGAAAGGCAGUCCGUACCACCGUUUGUCCCUUUUCAUUUUGGAACAAAACAACUCGCAACCGUUGGAUUUCGCCGCCAUCAAGGCCAAGGAGACGGAGCGUCACAACAUGAGUCUCCGGCCACUGCAGACCCGGUAUCAUCUGAAGCCGAUCGGAGCACACCUGUUCCGCAACCAAUGGGACGACAACACGCUGGAAGUCAUGAAGCAGAUUGGGUAUCCCGAAGCGGAUAUUGAGCUCCGUCGCAAGAGGGUUGAGCCUCUUCCUUACAAAAGGAGAAACCCUUCGACGAUGCGAUGA